UCCGGAUGUUUUGGUCGUCUGAGCGCCUCAUGGCUCAACCGUCGGAGUGAGAUAUGCAGUGAAACAGUCGCUUUUCUCCUUCUUUCAUAUCGUCUACGUGUUUUUUUCAUUUGUGUGGCGAUGCUGCCCGAUAUGAAGGGCUCGUGUCCGUUUGCCGAGGACAGCUUUAGCCGCUUUCCCUCGCAGAGUAACAUGUACGGGCUCUGCCAGGCCGGAGAUCAGGAGCUGCUCGCCGCGACGCUCAAAGGCAAAGUGGUGUGCUUCAGAUACCAGGACCUGCAGCAGAAGAUCAGACCUGUGGCCAAAGAGGUGCAGUUCACCUACAUACCAGUUGAUGCUGAGAUUGUCUCCAUUGAUGCGUUCAACAAGUCUCCCCCUAACAGAGGUCUGGUGGUGGGCAUCACUUUCAUCAAGGACUCAGGAGAUAAGGCCACUCCGUUUCUGAACAUCUACUGUGACUAUGAGCCGGGGUCAGAGUUCAAUCUGGAGUCCAUUGCACAGAGCUGCCUCAACCUGGAGCUGCAGUUCACCCCCUUCCAGCUCUACCACACCGAGUUGCAGUUCGGAGAGGGUCAGAGAGAGACUGUGUUUCUGCUCAGUGGACACGACCAGCGCAUUCACCUCUACAAAGAGAAUGCCUCCCUGCACCAGUUUGAGGAGCAGCCAGUGGAGAGGUUCUUCCCUGAACUAAAGGAGUUGCCAAGCAAUGUGCUGUGGCUGGAUGUUUUAAGUAUUGGUGAUGGUCGUCGUCUCACCGCGUUUGGCUGUCAGAACGGUUGUGUUGGACUCGCUCUCGUCAACCAGAGAGGACCUGAGAUUCUCCAGAGUUGGCGUUUACAGCAGGACAGUCCGAUAUCCACAGUGUCCCUCUUCCCUCUGAAGCUGCCGGCCCACAACAGUAACACAGAGGGGCUUCAUGCGCACGAGGUGUCCGAGGUAACCGAGUAUAACCUCUUGGUGACCAGCACAAUUGAGAUGGCUGUUGUUUACAGAGAUGUGGAGCGGUGUGGUGUCAGCAGGCUGGUGUGUUUAUCAGACAGUGACCAGUGUGACGCUGUUGUGUGCGCUUUACUCAUUGAUCUGGACUUUGAUGGACAGCUGGAGGUGUUAUUGGGAACGUAUGGUCAGGACCUUCUGUGCUACAAAUUUCAGCAGCCAGUUGGAGCAGGAGAGGGACAGUUCUGGUUGAUGUGGAGGCGGAGCUUCAGGAGCCCCCUGCUGUCAAUCAUUUACCUGGACCUCACAGGGGACGGGGUGAAGGAACUGGCCAUUCUUACAAUAAAAGGACUGCACAUAUUACAGCACAGUCUCAUGAGUACAGCCGACCUCGUCCUUCAGCGUCUAGCCGACAGAGUGGCCAAACUCUCUGAUGCACCCAAAGACCAGCCAAUCACAAAACAGGACUGUGAACGGACAACAGCUUCAACCAACGAUGGGCAGAACGCUUCAACCUCAUAGACUGCAAACAGCUACACUGUAUAUUUAAACGUAUCCAGACUAAUGAGCUGCUUCUACUACUUUGAGGUUCAUCCAUUGCUUUUAAUACAGCUUCUAUAAAGUGUAACUGCCGUAGAAAAGCACUGAUGAAUAGAAAGGGAUGUUCCAGGGCGGCUGCAGGAGUCGACCACGUAGGUCUACCAUACGAUCUGUUAGCAAAUGGAGACCUGAUCUCUGCAUGGUUGUGUCAGCUUGAUGCUUCGUGCAAGUCAGCUGAUUCCUACACUCUCCCUCUGCUGUUAGGAAAUGCUAGAUGGUACAGGGAAUGGACAAUAUGACUAUUUCAUCAGUCUUGUAAAAUUAUAUAUGCUUUACUGACAGUGUCGUGGAUAUCAGUACUUAAAGAACACUGAACUACAUAUUUUAUUACAACUGAAGCUUAAUUAAACCUCUUUAAUUGGACUUAAUAUCACUGGGCCUCAUUAACCAAACAUUAAGAAGAAACUUCUUAAAACCCUCUUAUGCAGUUUUCACGAAGAUGCCAACCUUCACCAGUGUUCUUAUUUGGGAUUUGUUCUUGGGUCAAAACCGACUCUACCCACACUCAAGAGCAGUUCUGUGGUUUAGGAACCCAUCAUGAAUCUGAUGACUUUUUCUUAGGACCUUACUUAAAUUUAAGAAAAAAUAUAGGUAGACUGGUGAAUGAGGCCCAUUGUGUUCACUGUUUUUGAUGGUAUGUCUAAAAUGUGUCCCUUUUGGUCCAUGUUUUGUCUGUUUUCCAGAUGUUUAAAUUAAAACAAAAUAUCCUGACGCAUAUUAUUGGUCAUGGAAAUACCUUUAUAUGUUCUGAUAUUUUAGCUAUUUUGUCCACCACCUAGGUUCCUAAUGCUUCCCAUUUAAGAACAGUCUUUGCUCCAAGAACUGACCAACCUUCCUGUUUUUUCUUAAAUUUGUCCUCGAUAGGUUCUAAGAAAAAGUCUACCUCAGAUUCGUGAUGUGUUCUUGAACCACAGAACUGUUCUCACCUCGAGUGUGUGUAGAAUCUGUUUUCACCCAAGAACAAAUCCCAAAUAAGAAAACACUUGAAUGUCAGGAUCUUUGUGAAAACUGUAUAAGAAGAAAUUUCCUAAUAGCACCAGGCCUCAUUCACUAAGUCCAAUUAAAGAGGUUAAGCUCUAUUUGUAAUAAAAGAAAACUGAACUGGAUAUUUUGUUAUCCACAAUGAGUAAAGCAUAGUGACAGUUCAUCACAACACAAAACAUCCCAUUGCCCACUUCUAGUACCAUCUAGCAUUUAUUAACAACAGAACUCAAACUAGUGGACUUAUGAACCACUAGUGGUUAUUUCACAGAAACUGAGCUGAUGAGUCUGUUAUUCAUACAGAACCACACACGCUCACCUGGAUCACACGGUGUUUAUUUAAACAGAAACCUGAUCACAUUUCUUUUGUUCCAGAUAUUUCAACGUGAUAUAGAGGGCAGAACAAAACAUCUUAAGAUUGUAAAUAAGAAUAAAAAAAGAAACAAAAAAGACAAGUGUAAAUUAAAAAGCCGAACACUGUACAAAAACACAGUUAUCUUUCUUAAAGGGGGGGGGGUUUAUCUGCUGUCCACCUCAGAGGACGCGCUGUGUGGUAGUGGGCUUAGUUGUGGGGGUCAAAUGUCAGCCAUUGUCAGUUUAGGUUGCUUGUUGGCUCAGUUAGCGUUCUGUGCAGUGGAGAAGCACAGUUUAAGGGUGUAUGGGUACGGCCCACCUACAAGAGAAAGCGGGAAAAAAUAAUUACUAAAAGUAAGAAACAAACAAAACAGCAUAAAUUGAACAUUAGGAUUUAAAACCUAUUUUAUGUGCAUUUUAGAAAAAUCUGCCCCUAGAAUUGUUCAGUGGUGGUGAUGGGAACCAGACGUCUGUAGAGUUUAAACGCACCUAAAAUCUCCCUCACACACACAGACCACAUACAUUGGUAAACGUCCUGUUGUCUCAGAUAUUGCUUUAUGGUACUUUUUCUAAGCCAACAUCUGACAAAAUUGUUAGAGAGGUACAAACAAUGCAUCAUAACAGAAAAAAGAAGUUUUACCAUUUUCAAUCAAAGAAAAAUAUUUUUUUUCAACAUUCCACAUUAAACCCAGAAGACAUGCAUGUUCACUGGUGGCUGUACUUGUGUUAGAAACAUGGUGGGACCCCUGGUUCCCAUGACCACCACAGUAAAGAAGCUCUAUGUUUCUCUACAAUGAAAUGUUUCACAUCAAACCACUCAAUGACUUCUCAACCACUGAAAUGUGUAGAAAUUCUGAAAAAAUGCCUUAUGAAUCACAAUAUGCAUUUAUUCAUACAAAUACAUGCAAAACGUA